AUGGCCGCGCCGGUGCAGCCCAAGAAGCCUGUUGGUGGCGCCUACGGCCAGUUCAUGAACGAGAAGCGCGCCGAGUUCCAGAAGGAGCUGGUGGGGCAGAAAGCAUCGGAGGUUUCAAAGCUUUGCGGUGAGCGUUGGAAGAAGCUUAGCGAUGCUCAAAAAGCCAUCUACCAGAAGAAGUACGACGCCGUCAAGGAGAAGUACCAGAAGGACCUGGAGGCUUUUGAGAAGGCCGGGGGUGUGAAGGAGAAGAUCACUCGCAAGGGCAAAGACGAAAAGGCAAAGGGUAAGAAGACGAAGGACCCGGAUGCCCCGAAGAGGCCAGCGGGCGGUGCCUACGGUGUGUUCCUCGCCGAAAACCGCGCUGAGAUCAUCAAGACCCUUCCGAAGGGCUACAAGGUCCCUGAUAUCGGCAAGGCAGCUGGUGCCAAGUGGAAAGCCCUAUCGGAGAAGGAACAGAAGCCCUAUCAGGAGAAGUACCAGAAGAAGAACGAGGAAUACAAGGCUGCCAUGGAAGAGUACAAGAAGCUGCACGGCAAAGAUGCUCCAGUGAACGAUGACGAGGAGAUCGCAGAGCCCGCCAAGAAAAAAUUGAAGGGGAAGAAGACCUCCUAG